AUGUCAGCCAUCGACGAGAAGCCCCAGGCGGAGAUCGACCGUGUCGAGACGUCAUCGGGCGACAAUGGCAAGGGUGGUAUCGAGUAUGAAAGAGCCCAGCUGCUCGCGAACCUUCCUGAUCCUGACGCUGGCAAGUCGGAGGAGGAGCGCCGCGCAAUUGUAACAAAAGCUCCAAACGCAAGACCGUGUACUCUCUUUGUUUCGCUCCUGCGAGUGCACCCCGCUAACCCGUUCACCAGUUACCUUCUCUCGUUCCUUGACCGUACCAACAUUGGCAAUGCGCGUCUCGCCGGAAUGGAACUCGAUCUCGGCAUGGAAAAGGGUGACUAUCAACUGUCCCUGACGAUCUUCUUCAUCAGCUACGCCCUUGCUGAGCCCCUGACCAACGCCCUCUUGAAGCGCCUCACACCCCGAAUCUUCUUCACCGGCAUCAUCCUUAGCUGGGGUGUCAUCAUGACCCUCAUGGGCCUCGUCAAGAACUUCCAGGGCCUGCUUGCCGCUCGCUUCUUCCUCGGUGUUGCCGAGGCCGGUCUGUUCCCUGGUGUGAACUACUACCUCUCUUGCUGGUACAAGGGCUCGGAGAUUGGUGUCCGUUCGUCACUCUUCUUCUCCGCUGCCGCGCUGGCGGGCUCCUUUGGCGGUCUUCUCGCAGCCGGCAUUGCCCAGAUGGAUGGCAUCGCUGGCAUGCCCGGCUGGGCCUGGAUCUUUAUCAUUGAGGGUAUCGCCACCGUCUUUGUUGGUGUCUUUUGCUGGUGGAUGGUUUUCGACUGGCCCGAGACGGCCAGCUUCCUCACCCCUGACGAGCGCAUCCGCGUUCAGCGCCGCAUCAUCAUGGACCGCCAGGGUCGUACAGCCGAGGACUUCGACAAGCGCCAUAUCUACGCUGCCCUGGGCGACUGGAAGACGUACGGCUGGAUGGUCAUCUACAUGGGCUGCCUGACACCUCUAUACGCCUUCUCGCUCUUCCUGCCCACCAUUCUCCGCGGUAUGGGCCACACCGGCACCCGCGCUCAGCUCCUGUCUGUGCCUCCUUACGCCGUCGCUGCCACCUGCACCGUGGCUGUUGGCUUCUUUGCCGACCGCACGCGCUGGCGUGGAUACUGUAACAUGGUGACCGUCACUAUCGGCAUCAUCGGCUUUGUUCUGCUCAUGGCAUCGUCAGACCCGCAGGUCCAGUACGCCGGCACGUUCCUCGGCGCCGCAGGCAUCUACCCCACCAUCUCCAACACACUUUCGUGGGUUAUCAACAAUACUGAGGGUUCGCUCAAGCGCGCUUUCGUCCUUGGCAUGGUCGUCGGCUGGGGAAAUCUCAAUGGUGUUGUUUCCUCUAACAUUUAUCUCGACCGCGAGAACCCUCGUUUCUGGACUGGUCAUGGCGUCGUUCUGGGUUACCAGGUCCUCUUCCUGUUGGGCGGAUCCGUGUUCAUGCACAUUGCCCUCAGAAUAUCAAACCGCAACCGCCGGGCUGGCAAGAUGGAUGCCAAAUGGGCAACGCUCACGGAGGAACAAAGAUGGAUUAGCGGCGACAAGAGGCCCGACUUCAUUUACACUCUGUAA